UUGCCCUUAACCGCUACCCCUUCUUCUACCUUAAGAUUCCUUGGAGUUAGGAAGACGUGUGAUUUUGUUUAUCUCUUACUUUUAGGUCUCCAUGCUGUGUUGGGUUCGUUGUAUCAUAAUCAAAUCGAGCUCGACUUGGAUAACGCUGAAGGAGUUCUUUCGGCAGCAUCCGUGCUGCAAUUGGAGAGUGUUCUGGAACGUUGUGGGGACGCAAUGGCAGAAAAUCUUUCAGCUACCAAUGUACUGAGAUAUCUGAACCUAUCGGAAAUGUAUGGACUCCCUCAGGUGACUGAUCGAGCAUAUCACCUUCUCAAAUGGAAUUUCUGGAGAUUUAUGAAGUCAAAGGAGCAUAUCAAGGCCCUGAAAGAAGACACUUUUGUUCGGUUGAUCUCCUCCUCGGAAUUGUUGAUCAUGGAAGGUGAAAUGGAUUUGUAUCAAAUGGUCAAAGUGUGGAUAUUUCUCAACGAAAAACCUCACGCAGCUGCUCUACCCGACGCAGAUUUUCAACGUCAAAUGACUGAAACUUUCACUAAUUAUCCAGAAGGCGAAUUAUUCGUAAAACAUGCAGGAUUGUUUGCAGCAUUGAGACUUCAUCACAUCACUACUACCUUAGGUAAAAGUCAUGAUUUUUCUCUUUCCAGCAAGCUUAAACACUGUUGA